AUGAAAGAAAAUUUAAUUAGUUUUAAAAAAUUGAAAAAAUCUAAGAACAAAGAUAAAAUAGGUCUAAAUGAAGAAUCUAAGAUAAUAAAAACCAAUAAAUUAGAAAUAAAUCACCAAACUAUCAAUAUGAAAAUAAAAAAAUAUUGUGAUCAAUUAGAAUGUAGAUAUAAGAAAUCCGCAGUGAAACAAGAACAAUUUGAAAAGUUUAAUGAGAAAGAAAAAUUUAUUAAGAAGAAAGAAUUAAAGAGGUUUUAUAAGAGUAAAGAAUCUAAAGUGAUAGAAAAUGAAAACAACUUUUAUAAAUCUUUAAGUAAUGAAUAUAAAGAGAUAUUAUAA